CAGGAUCACUGAGCUGCUGAGCGGAGAGGUUCCUAUAAGAUGUCAGGAUGUCGCUGUCUAUUUCUCCAUGGAGGAGUGGGAGUAUUUAGAAGGACACAAGGAUCUGUACAAGGACGUCAUGAUGGAGAAUCACCAGCCCCUCACAUCACCGGGUGAAGACUGGAUGGGUGACUCCAAUGGACAUCUCCAUUUAUCUACCUAUCAUGAAGCAGAAGAUAACCAUAUCACACAAGCUAAUUCAAUAACUUUUAAUGCACCCUCAGUCCUUCACAGUGAAGAUCUAUCCACUGACAUCAGUGGUCACAAGAAACCUUCAUCUAAUCAAUCACUCAUUGGCAAACAAAUAACUGGUCAUAAAUGGGAGGAAAUAUUUUCAUGUGAGAAACAGUUUAAAAAUAAAUUAACCUUUCUUUGUAUGAGAGAAACGCAGAGAUAAAAGGUCAUUUUCAUGCGCAGAAUGUGGAAAAUCUUUUACCAGGAAAAUGAAUCUAGUAGAACAUGAGAGAAUUCACACAGGGGAGAAGCCGUAUUCAUGUUCAGAAUGUGGGAAAUGUUUUAGUCGCAAAUCAGAUAUUAAUAGAAAUGAGAGAACUCCCACAGGAGAGAAACCAUUUUUAUGUCCUGAAUGUGGGAAAGGUUUCCAUCAGAAAUCAAAUCUUGGGGAACAUCUAAAAUUUCACACAGGAGAGAAGGCGUUUUCAUGCUCAGAAUGUGGAAAACGUUAUACCCUUAAAUCAAAUCUACUUUAUCAUCUGAGAACUCACAAAAGAGAUAAGCCAUUUUCAUGCUCAGAAUGCGGGAAAUCUUUUAUUCAAAAAUCGGAUUUUGAUAGACAUCACAGAACUCACACAGGAGAGAAGCCAUUUCCAUGCUCAGAAUGUGGGAAGCAUUUUAGUCAAAAAUCACAUCUUGUGGAACAUCUCAGAGUCCACACAGGAGAGAAGCUAUUUUCAUGUUCUGAAUGUAGAACAUGUUUUACCCAUAAAUCCGAUCUGCUUCAUCAUCAGAGAACUCACAAAACAGAGAAAACAUUUCUAUGCUCAGAAUGUGACGCAUAUUUUGCCAAUAACACAAAUAAUCAGAUUUCACAAUGUGGGACAUGUUUUAGUCAAACUCACAAAGGAAAGAAACCAUUUUCAUGUUCUGAAUGUGAGAAGAGUUUUAUUCAGAAAUCCUUUCUUGUGGAACAUCUAAGAAUUCACACAGGAGUGAAAUCAUUUUCAUGCUCUGAAUGUGGGAGAUGUUUUAGUCAAAAAUCUAAUCUUGAUAGACAUCAGAAAACUCACACAGGAGAGAAGCCAUAUUCAUGCUCAGAAUGUGGGAAAUGUUUUAGCCUGAGAUCAGGUCUUCUUAGACAUCAGAGAACUCACACAAGAGAGAAACCUUUAUAAAAUUCAGAUUGUAGGAAAUGUGGCAUGUGUAGAUCUCCUUUGCGGGACCUGCUCCCUAACAAUGCCUUCCGGUGUCCACAUAACAUUAUAUUACAUGAACUUUAUACAUCAUACUAUACUGUACAAUACAACAAAGAAUAUGAGUCUCAGGUUUUUAUGGAAUUCAUUGUGUGACUACCGGUCCAGUAAUUGGUACGAUUAUGGUGACACCAAAUUUGUAUAGUUUUUAUUAUGUUUUACUACUUAAAGGGUUUCUACCACCUCAU